AUGCUGGUACCAGUACUUGAACGUCCUGGCGUUGCCGACCAUCGUCUUCUUGUCCCAUCCCAUCCCAUCCCGUCCCGUCCUGUCCUCGUCACCAACGCCGUCCUCUCGGAUCGUGUCGAGGAGAGCAAGGAAAAGCACACGAGUCUCCCGAGUAGCGGAUGCGUCAUCCUGCUAGCGCAUCUCCAGUGGCAUCUGUGGUGGCCCUGGUGGGCAAGGAGGCCUGUGGCAAGGUCGGCGGCACCAAGGACCAAGGUUUGGGGGGGGUGGCCCGUCCGUUCGUCCCCCAGAAAAGGCAACGCCGGUACGGCCUGCACCGCAUUGGAUACGCCCAGGGUACCUGCACGCCCGUGGCCCCUCCUACUCGUUGGCGGCGGCUUCGCCGCGGCACCCAAGUACCUCGGGAACCCCCCGCGUACCUGCGAGGUAGCGACAAGUACCCCCUACAGCGGCGCACCCACCAGCCGCACAGCGGCCUCGACUUCAUCGGCAUCGUCGGGCGAGAGCCGGCCGGAGCAGAAGGCCAGCCCAGCUCGCAGCCACGCCACUGCACGUCGGCGCUUCCUUCCUUCCAUCCAUCCCAUCCAUCCCACCUGGCCAUUCAUCUAUCCACCCAUCUGCUCGACCAAGUCACCCACUGCCACUCACCCAGUCAUCCAUCCACCGCACGCAUCUCCUGUCCGCUCCAAGUGUUCGCGAUCGACGGCUGUCAUCCUGUCGCCACGUCGCCCGUCAUCGUCGCAGCCCUCCGUCUCGCCCUCCUCAUUCUCACGCUCCUCCUGCUCUUCUGCUCUCCCCCUCUCCAUCCCCCCUCUCCCCUCUCCCUCCUCCUUCGACCCCCUCCCGCGUCCCUCCCGAACCUCGGCAUCGGCCUCUGCUCUCUCGCCACCGUCCGCACGUCUGUCCGACAACCGUCCUCCGACCGUCCCAAGGGCCUCGGUACCCUUGGCCCUUCCUCAUGCCUCUCCUCGACGCUGUCCUCGGCUCCCGCUUUCCCGCCUGUCCCGCCUCCUCCUUCUCCGCCAAUGUACAUGGAUUCGUCGGUCGGCCGCGACGCUGACGGCCUGCCGGCUCAUGCGCCUGCGAAUUCCUCGGCCCAUGCUUCCUCCCCGACCGAGCCUCCCUCCAAGCGACGCCGUACCGCUCCCCUCCCGACGGACUGCUGCCGCAUCUGUCGGCUGCGCAAGGUCAAGUGCUCCGGCAAUCCCGGCAACGGGCCCUGCACCAACUGCGUUCGCCUCGAUUUGGCCUGCAGCUUCAUCCUUGCCGUCGAGGACGACCUCUCUUCGAGUGCGCCUGCCCCCCCCCCCCCACCACCACCUCCUCCCGUUCUCGAUGCCCAUCCCUUGUCUCAGUCACACCGAGGCCGGCACGCUGAGGAGGAGAGCCCAAAGAGCCUGCAGGGAGUGCCAUUCCCACAAGACAAAGUGCUCCGGCGACCUGCCCCGGUGCAAGAGAUGCGAACUGAGCAACCUCAGCUGCGAGUACACGCCGGCCAAGAGGAGAUUUGCCAGCCUCCGCACCCAGCAGUCGGCCAGGUCCAGCGCCGCCAACUCUCCGACGGCCAGGAAUCCCGAUGGCGCCCUGAGCCCUACCCUCAGCAGCGGCAGCGGCAGCGGCAGCGGAAGCACGGGCAUCGGCAACGGCGCCGGGACUGCUCCCGGGGGCGAGGCUGGCCUGGGCAACGGCAACGCCUUUGCCCUCCUGAUGGACACGGCCGCCAUAAGCGCCGAGGCCUUGAUGGCGCGCAAGGAUUUCAUCUGGCGCCACCUCGACGCCUACAUGCGCAACAUGUACUGGCUGCCCUCCCAGGGCUUCGUCCAUCCCGAGAUCACGCACCAGCAGAUCGAGGAUGGCUCGCUCAGCCCGGCCUACGCCGCCGGCAUCUGCGCCGUCGCCAGCUUCUUCGUGAACCCGACCGAGGCCGGCCGCGAGUUCGGCCAAAGGUGCAGCGACCACAUCGAGAUGACCCUUUUCCAGAGCGUCCAGCGGUUUUCCCAGCACCUCUUGCCCCUCUUCGCCUUCAACAUCACCUUCAACUUCCUCAAGGGCUCCAUCGAAAAGGUUUGGCAAUGCUUCGGCUGCGCCUCGAGGCUGAUACUCGGCCUCCGCAUCAACUGGGAUCAGUCGCCCCCCGAGGGCAACUUCGCCCAGCAAGAGGCCAUUCGCCGCAUCGUCUGGCAUUUCUUCCACCUCGAUCGCGUCCUCGCCGACGGGUACGAGGAGUACAUUUCCUGCCGAGCCGAAAACAUGCGAAUCCCUCUGCCCUGCGACGAGGCCGCCUUCCGAGAGAACCGGCCGGUGGUGGCCGAGAUGCUCUACGACAAGCCGACCCUUCCGCCCAACAGCACGAGCCUGCACGCCUCCCUCAUCCGCCUCGUCGACCUCCGACAUCGAAUCCAGGUCACCACCAAGAGGCUUUGCUCGGCCUCGGCCCAGAAUCUCCUGCACGUCGAUGGUUCCAAGAUCAUGGCCGACAUCAAUGGCCUGCAGAAUGAGCUCACUCGCUUCCACUCCUCCCUUCCCAUCGACAUUCGUCUCAGCGACCAGAGCGUUUCGCGCUACAUGGCAUCCAUGAAGCGCCCGGCCUACGUCUAUCUCCACUGCCAUCUUGCUGGGAGCCACAUCGACUUGUACCGUUACUUCCUACCGGGCCAGCAGGAGCGCAUCCCGGACGAGAUCAUUCGAAAGCUCCCGCAAGCAUUCGUCUCUCGGUCCCAGAAGCAAGCCAUCGCCCACUCCAUGUCCUUUGCCCGCUUCUGCGGUGCCGUGCAGGAUGAGGUCGACCAGAUGAAGGGCACCGGCAGGAUCGAGCUUGCCGGCGACUACUCGACCAUCCAGCUGGCCACGAACUGCAUUCGAGUCCUCGUCCUGACCCUAAAGUACAAGCUCUACCACGACAUCACGGAGGAUACGACGGCGCCCUUGUGGAGGGUCACGACGGUGGACGAGCCGCACAUACGCUCCCUCAUCAGGUCCGUUCAACGCUUGACGGAACCGUGGUGCGGCAUCUUGAAGAUGGCCCAACACGCGUUCGCUCAAAGCAAGGCCCUCGUCGCUGAGCUUGACAAGGCCGACAAGGUGGACGACAGGCAGCGACACGGCGAGAAGAUGUUCCCGCCCCUGCGAGCCACCGGCGACGGUCGCUUUCCCGGGCCGGAGCUGCUGCUGGGAAACCCCGCCGGCUCCGCGGGCGCCGUGGAGAACCCGCUCAGGCAUUCUGCCCUCGACACACAGGGAGCCGACCAAUGGCUUCGCUCGGCCACCAUGUUGACGGGCAGAACGCCUUCCUUUUCGAACUCGCAGCUGGGAAGCGUUGCCAUCGAGGCAGGCACUCCCGGAAUCCCCAUCCUGCUGGCUCAAGCCCGCAAGGCAGCCGCGCUCGACCAGUCGGUCGUCGCCGGAAUGUUCGACGCGAACAACACCGUCUUUGGCCUAGCAAGCGUGCUCCCAGAUGGCAACCUGCUGUCACCGCCAAACGACAUACCCAUGACGAUGCAAGUCAACGGCAGCAUCGACCCUGCCAUGUACCAGCAGGAGGCUGGACCGAGCUCCGGAUUCUUGAUACCGGAGCCGGGUCCCUACCUCGGCGGCUUCGCAGAUCAAUAUUCCAAUGCCUCGGGUCAAGCGACCAACUUUGGACCCCAAUCAAGCUACGGAUGA